GCCCAGGCAACAGCACAUUCACGUUGCAGGGCACAGGAAUCAAAGGUGGUAUGAACUCCGUGCUCUUCUGGAGCUGGAAUUGAAAUACAGAGCAUUGUCAUUUGAAGAAAACCUGCUUAAUAUUUGAUAAAGAGGUACUUUUAUAAAUCAACUGGGAUUUUAAAAAUCAUCUUAGAUGUUUAGAAUUUGGAUUGCUGUACUCCUUGUCUUUGGCACAUCAACAGGAAACGAAGUUUGCUAUGAACGGGUGGGAUGCUUCAGAGAUGGUUCACCAUGGACGGGGACUUUGUCAAGACAGUUCGCAGGUCUACCCUGGUCCCCGGAAGAGAUAAACACUCGCUUUCUGCUCUACACUAGACGCAACCCCAAAGUCUAUCAGGAAAUCAGUGCAGUUAAUCAUCUAACUAUCCAAGCCUCAUACUUUGGAACAGACAAAAUGACCCAUAUCAACAUACCUGGAUGGAAAACAGAUGGCAAAUGGCAGCAAGACAUGUGCAAUGUGUUGCUAAAAGUGGAAGAUGUGAACUGCAUUAACUUAGACUGGAUUAAUGGCUCCAUGAAAUAUAUCCAUGCUGUAAAUAAUCUCCGUGUUGCGGGAGCUGAGGUAGCUUAUUUUAUUAAUGUUCUUGAGAAAGAAUUUGGAUAUUCCCCUUCUAAAGUGCACUUGAUUGGCCACAGCGUGGGUGCGCAUCUGGCUGGGGAAGCUGGGUCAAGGAUUCCAGGCCUUGGAAGGAUAACUGGGUUGGAUCCAGCUGGGCCCUAUUUCCACAACACUCCAAAUGAAGUCAGGCUGGACCCAUCAGAUGCAAACUUUGUUGACGUUAUUCAUACAAAUGCAGUUCCCUUUCUGUUUGAGCUUGGUGCUGGAACUAUUAAUGCUUGUGGUCACCUUGACUUUUACCCAAAUGGAGGAAAGUACAUGCCAGGAUGUGGAGACUUAAUUACACCUUUAUUUAAACUUAAUUUCAGUGCUUACAAAGAAGAAGUGGCUUUCUUCUUUGAUUGCAACCAUGCCCGAAGUCAUCACUUUUACACUGAAAGCAUUCUCAAUCCUGAUGCGUUUAUUGCUUAUCCUUGUAGAUCCUACAAAGAUUUUAAAGCAGGGAAUUGCUUCCACUGUUCCCAAGAAGGUUGCCCGACAAUGGGUCAUUUUGCUGAUAGAUUUCACCUAAAAAAUAUGAAGCCUAAUAGACCAUACUAUUUUUUAAACACAGGGACUCUUUCCCCAUUUGCUCGUUGGAGGCACAAAUUGUCUGUCAAACUCAGUGGAAACAAUGUCACUCAAGGGAGCAUAUUUCUCCACGUUGGUGGAACAACUGGGAAAAAAGAGGAGUUUGUGAUGGCCAGUGGAACACUUAAGCCAGGCAUGACUUACACAAAAUUAAUUGAUGCAGACAUUAAUGUUGGGAACAUUUCAAGUAUUGAGUUCAUUUGGAAGGAACAUAUGUUUGGACAGUCUUUGAAUAAGCUGGGAGCAGAAAUGGUAAAAGAUAUAUCUGGAAAAUAUGACUAUGAAUCUACCUUCUGUAGCCAGGACAUUAUAGGACCUAAUAUUGCCUACAUCCUGAAGCCAUGUUAAUCCCAGAAACAGUCUUGAAGGAUUUAUUUAAUGGGAGCAAUGAAAAAGAGAAUCUCCUUCUAGUUGGCAUCCAGGCCAAAUUUGGCCCUUGUGAAUGAGAUAAAAGUAGGGUUGUGUGUGUGCUUUUCUUUACAGAAUGUUUUUCCCAUUGAUAAACUUUUUUUUUAUUGAAGUUAUCAUUGAUAUACAAUCCACUAAAACCAAUAUAGGGUUUCAGAUGUACAACACAGUGGUUUAACAGUUA